AUGUUCCCCCGGCGUGGUGACGCCGUUUGUACAUCGCGACGGUGUGAACUGCGCCACCUGGCUGCGUGGGCGGAGCGUAUGAUAACACACAGGCAAAUCGAUGUGUCUGUUGAUAGGGUUGGUGACCGACACUCACGCCUCCAACAGUUCUCGCACUGUCUUGUUGCCGGCUCGCGCCAAUAUCCGCGUGUUGGCGAAGUCGAACUCAUGGCCUUCCUCCAGCGUGUGAGUGCCGACUUAAGAUAAUGGCAAAUAAAUCUGUCCCAGUGAUCGUGCCUUCGUCUUCUUUUAAACAGUAAAUUCCGUUUAGAAUUGUACGUGGCUUAAAACAAAGGGAAAAGGGACCCGACCCAGCCUUUGAUUGUUGCGCAAUGCAGCAUUUAAAUCAACAACCUAGACGUUAACCUGUCGCGCUCCUUCAGUAGGUUAGCAACCAUUUCUGUGGGCUUCCAUAUAAAACUUAUGAGUGAGUACUUGUUGAUAAAAUCAAAAAUUUCGCAUUUAAUUCAUGACGUUUCAUUAAAAUGUACGCAGGUUCGCACGUGUAAGCUCACACAAAAGAUGAUUCCACCUAGUUAAUUUAACUUUGCGCGCAGACAGUAAUACACGUUAUCUUUUUUUAUAAGAAAUCAAGACGUUUUCCAGAAAAAAUAAUUGCUCUUUAUUGUUUCUGGGUCUUCUUUGCUUUGAAUGUUUGCAUAUGACUGCUAAUUAUUGUUCACGAUCAUUUAUUGCGCUGCUUUCUCAACAGUCGCUGAUUUCUGCACCUUUUUGACGAUUCUGGAUAUAUGUACCAGGGACCUCCGCUUUUCAAAUAUCAUCAGUCGACCGAAUAGUCAGUCGGCCCACCUGGGGCUACGAACCUAACUUGUCAUCCGGCGGCAGGUUGAAACUAGAAGCGUGUCACACACGCCAUACUCCAAGUGCACAUUGUCAUUCCUCCCUGGUAACCCUUUUUUCUUGUUUUUAUGCUUUAGGUCUGCCCAACCGACCAUAACUCCAACAAGUAUCCGACAGUAUCCUCAUUCCACCCCUCUGCACAUCGUGUGUUUCUUUAUCGAUAGACAAUAAACUCUCCUCAUCUCUUCCCACGUUCUACGGUAGUGUGUGUGUGUUGAGAACCAUUUGGUACCAUCUUACCUGGAGUAUCACAAAUUUGGUGGCAGCGAUGUCCGGAUCGAAAGCUCCCGUCCGGGAACCCACGCCAACUCCUGGUUCACCCCCGAAAAUCUCAACGGCGUGCCCUCCUUCGCCCUUCGCCCCUCUUGAAACCUGUUCGUACCUUACCCCACACUUCAAAAACAUACAACACCGCCCUCGGCCAAAGCCUGGCCUAUCCCCGCCACCAACACAACUGUACCCGACAUCCACCACGCCAGCCUUCACUCCCCAGUCAAUACUACCCCCGAUCCUACGUCAAGACGACAACCUGGCCCAAUGGAUCUCCCUAGCAGAGCCAUACUUAUAGUUGGUCCCCGAAAACUUCCGGAAGACCACACUCAAAUCCCUCCUCGCCCCCGAACUGGUAUACAAGGUAGAUGGGCUGGCUCCCUCUCCCUUCUGCGCAUUCGAGGAAUACUUCGGCGCCCUCAAACAAAUUUUCCAGUCAGAGUCCAGCCAGGCGGCGGAACAACAGCGGUUCUUUAAUAGAACCCAGCGGGACGGUGAGACCCUGCUAAAUUUUUAUAUAGAGUUAAAACACCUCUCGUUUCGCGCCUUUCCACCUCACGGCGAUGAAGAGCUCACGUUUUGUCGGAUGAUGUCGGGCAUACGCGACCGUGAACUAGCGUUAAUCUUCACCAGCCGUCCACCGGCCAACGUCAAGGAGGCUCUUGACUUGGACUCGGCUCGCCGCACCCAAUUCCCCUUGGCGCAAGAACCGCAAGCCACCAGAGAUCCAACUACUUGGGGUCAUCCACCCAACCUCCCAGGCCGGUCCACACCCUACCACACCACUUUAAACCGACGUUUCCAACCCCCCAGGCUUCCAGGCCCGCCAAACAACAAUCAGUGUUACUACUGCGACCGUUUCGGCACAGCUGCCAAGAAAUGCGGACACAACUCAGGUAACCAGCCUUUCCUCUAG